GUAUAGUGAGUUUGUGAAUGAAUAGUGGGAUUCUCGUCAAACUCAUAAUAACCGGCAUUUUUGCUUGGAUUUCUUAUCCAUAUGCGCUGGAAUGACAACACUUCUAUACUGACUACGUGGUUUUGGAACUCAUCAUAUCCAAGUGAAGUAAAAAUGUCUGAAUCAUGUAGGAAAACGAAGAAAAUAGUGUCAAAAUGACACAGCUACCGACUCUGUGCAUGGUCAAUUAUGACCAGGAAGAACCACCGGGUUUUCGAUACCGCUUGCCCCCAGAACUCGGGCGUCGACGUCGGGGGAAUCCGGACUCCUCGCCCCGACACGCCUUCUCUCUUCCGAACUCGCCGAGAUGUGCCCGGGUUCGAAGUGCCUACGGCCGGGGGCACUCGACAGCAUUUCCCGCUGGUCAGAGACAAAGUCUAUUAACCUCAAAAGAUGACUCUUACACAACUCAGACAAAAAACAGCUCUAACUUGCCGAACACCCUCCGAGAGAGACGUCGAUCGCAGAGCCAGGACGCCCUCCCCCUCAUCUCCCGGGAAGCAUUCAACUCACGAACGCCCAACAACAGCAUGGUGGAUCCCCUGAGCAGGGAGUCUCGGAUGGUGAAAGUGAACCCUUCCUAUACUCAGCUACCCCCUCUAAAGACAAUGGGAGAGACAAGUCUAACGGCUAAUGCCGAGUUACUCGACGGUCCCAUAUGGAAUGAGUAUCUGCAAGCAUGGGUCUCGCGAUCACAGGGUACAGCCUUUGCGUACAUCAGUUUUGCAGGGGCUUUUUCACUCACCGACAGAGGCAUAUAUGAUAUGCGGCCCGAAUUUGAAGAUGCCCCUGUUGGCCCCUGCCCUCGUUUCUUUGCCCACAUGCACCGGGUGCCCCCACCCAAGACCGAGACAAAGGAGGCACGCAAGCGGGUUAACAAGAAGCCAGAGUUCUGGACGUGGAAAGGCCGGACUCCAAUAUCUGUCCCAAAACCAAGGCCAAAAAGAAAAGUGUUUCCUAUUCACUUCUCCCCUCGCCCUUCUUCUCACACCCUACCCACCCCGCCCUCCCGACCUUCCCCACCAACAGUGACCCCUGACUCGCUGAAGAAUGUGUCACCAGUUGACCUUUCACCCCAGGAAGUGGACAGCGAUGAUUUUCCCGUCCCACCAGUCCCCAGUAUCGAUGAAUACGACAGCAGCGACUACGGCUCUCUUUCCUCCGGACCAAGUACCCACGUGAGAACAGAGUCUCAAUCGCAGCACUCUGCAAACUCUGCAGAUCAAAGUGUUAAAACCCCCCUGGAUCUUCUACGGCUCUCCAGCCAGCCCCACACCCCAACCACAGUGGCCUGGGAUGAAGUAUUUAGUAUGGCCGGCGGGGAUGGCCAAUUUGAGGAAGACGAGGACGGUAAUGUCGUGAUUCCCGACGCCUUUGAUUCGGCCAAUCUUGUCCCUCUUCUCUUUGCCAUUGAUUAUAUCGAGGUCCUUCAACCGGAAGUAUAUGGUGAAGCUGUGGAGACGAACGCCGGUGAACUCGCUAACGUCGGCGUAAUCAGCGGACUCCAGUUCAACGUUGACAAGCCACUGAAGAUCGAGAGACCGUGGAUACCCAGGAUUCUUGGACUGGAUAGGAUCAAGGUCCACAGCCCCCCUCCUGAUCCUAUUCCAACCCCCAAAGUGCCCACCCCGCCCCCUCCUAAAGAACCAACUCCGACACCACCACCCCCAACUCCUCCUCCACCGAAGUCGCCAACCCCACCCCCCAAAGAGCCAACUCCCCCACCUUCCCCUCCGAAGCCGAAACCAAAGCGUAAACCAGUCAUCAAGAAGACCAAGCCAGCCCCUCCGCCCCCUCCACCACCAAAGACCCCCACUCCCCAACCCCCUACCCCCAAACCACCAACGCCCAAGGAACCGACACCUCAACCCCCGACCCCUACUCCACCUCCCCCGAAAGAGCCCACCCCUCCCCCACCUACACCGCCGAAAGUGACAGUCGUGCCUACACCCGAACCGACACCCGAACCACCACCACCUGCUUCUCCCACACCCGCCCCCGCCACGCCCACUCCAGUACCCCCUACACCCUCACCGGAGCCCACCAGGAAGCCCCUUCCACCGGCUGCGAAGGACCCAGCAUUCCUGGCCGAGAUGGAGAGACAGCGUCUGGCCGAGGUGCGGAGGAUGAAGGCGAUGGAGGCCUUCGAGAGUCUGAAGAAUAAGAAGUUUGUGGUCAAGACUAAGCCCAUCCCUGAGGACUUGAACUUCAAAGAGUAUGGCUGGCUGGCCCAGUUCUGUAUAUUAAAAGAGGAGAAGAUCAGAAUGUACAGGAUGGCAUUUGAUACAGUUGAUGAAGAUGAAGAUGGAUUCUUAAAUCCCUUUGAGACGCUGAUGGCGUUGAAAGGCAUUACUGGUUCUUCCAAUCUAUCUGAGAAAGAAGAGGCUUAUAUCUUACGGGUUCUUGAUUUAGCAGAUUACAAUAUGUCACAUGGCACAGAUUUCAAGCUGUUCUCCCUUAUGGCUGCCCUAUAUCAAAAGAUAUCGUCAAUCGACAAGUUCGUCAAAAAUGUGAUUGAAAAGAUGGAUCUUCAAACGUUGGACUGGAAAAUAUUUCGUGCAAAGGAGCUGUUUAAUUGGUGCCUAGAUGAGAAGACAAGACAUUUCAAGAUGGAUCGGUUGUUGAUCGAACUGAGAGCAGGUGGAGUUAGUCUGGAACAUCAGCAAGAGUGUGAGGACAUCCUAGGUCCUAAGGGUCCUAUGGACAUGCUAGACUUUCUCACCUAUCUACCCCUCUUUAUUCUCAUGCAUGACUCGGUUGUUGACAAUCCUCUUGACAUGACCAUGGAUAAGUGAUGAGGGGACCGUAACAGAUUUCUGAGACACUCAGAAGAAGUCUGAGAUGUAUGAGACACCGUUUGUUGCAUCUUCAGGAGAAAUCUGAAAUGUCUGAGAAACCAAUAUUUUCAUCUUCAGGAGAAGUCUGAAAUGUCUGAGACACUGAUUGUUUCAUCAGAACUCUGAAAUGUCUCAGACACCAUUUGUUGCAUCUUCAGGAGAAGUCUGAAAUGUCUGAGACACUGAUUCUUUCAUCUUCAGGAGAAGUCUAAAAUGUCUGAGGCACCGGAACUUCAUCUUCAGGAGAAGUCUGAGACACCGAUUGUUUCAUCUUCAGGAGAAGUCCCGCUCAAGUGUCACUCCCUUCACAAUCUUCUCAUCCAGCUUAUACAAAACCAUGGGGGGGGGGUACGGAAAGCUGAUGUGAACUUCUGCAUUUGAUAGAUCCUUAGGGCACCUUAAUGAAAGCCUGAGCCACCAUUUGUUGAGUCUUCACUGGGAUUUCCACUCUUUGUGUUUUGCUCAUCUAAUCCUUCUAUGCCACCAUAGACAAACCCUGCAGGCUAGGGAAAGCUGAUGUAAAAAAGCCACUGUCCACCGAUGGAUGAUAGUUUUGUAAGCGACAUGUACUUGAAUAAGUUGUUCCUUGCAACAACUACUGCAUCAUUAGGGUUGUGAACAAUUCCAACGGCUUGUAUGGGCAGUCAUGCUACAUGUAUAUAACAACUCUUCAGAUAUGAGCCCAGAAAACGAAAGCCAUUGCCUACUGGAACAGGGUGGUCGUUGUGUGAGGCCUAUGGGCACUUCAAAAUUCAUUAGUCAACAGGUUAACAAUGAAGUGUGAGGCCACACGAGGAUAGCAUCACGAGUCUCAGAGUCGCAUUGAUACCUGCAGCUUUUAAACCUACUAAUUUGUGUAUCAGUACUAGUAGUUCUUGUGUACUUUGUCGUGUUUGACCAUUGAGUAUUAGAAUAAAAGAAGAGCGGAGUGGGUAAAUCUGAAUGGUCGCAACAGUUUGGGAACCUAGCCAUCAAAAGCUCUUUCAUCAACAACCUAGGUUUGCUUCUUGACAUGGUUGUGGAUGACACUUUCUGGUGGGCCUUCAACUGUAGCAGAGAUAGUGUACUUCAUCCUAUACCCCUGUCCAAAUGAAGAGAACGGGCUGGAGGAAGAUUCUCUGAUAAAUAAUUGCUGUAGGUUCAUAACUCCUUAUAGAUGGUUACCACAAGUUUCCUUGAAUGUGCGCAGAACUGCCAACUUUAACUUUCACCUUUCAGGGAGAAUUUACUGAGGAAGAAGGGAGAUUUUUCUCAUUAACACACAAUCCAUUGAAAUAAAUCAAUGUAUGUAAUGGGGAGAUAUUGAAAAUCUGCAGUUUUUCACUAAAAAAUCAGUCAAUUUUCAGGGGUCUCUCUGACUUGGCAACCCUUUAUGCACCCCUGUGCUAAUGGAGAGAAGAGUAUGGACAAACAAAACAAGUUGACGUAAGAGCCAUUGCCCUUGUACACUUGGAGACCAUAUAGGAUAGGAGAAAGCAAUUGUAACUAUUAUCCAUGUUUCAAGUCUAUCUUAUGAUGUUUACAGAUAUCUCUGUAAAAUGUAAAAUGGAACAAAACAAUCAAAAGUAAAGGAAAAAAAGAGAUUAUGAUUAAGAUGAUUUUUAUUCUUGCCAAUAUGUAUAAAUCAGAGAUAGAUGUAUUUAUAAAGUUAUCAUCAGGAGGACCAGGUGGCUGUUUCAUAAAGCUGUUUGUAAGUUAAGAGUGACUUUAAGAACGACUGGUGAUCCUUUCUUGUGGUAAAUGAUAUUCACCAUUAAAUGUUAAGUUUGUAUCAUUUAGCACAUACAUGUAAGAAUGAUUCACCAGUCGUUCUUAAAGUCGCUCUUAACUUGUUUUAAGAACAGCUUUAUGAAACACCCAUCAGAACUUCUUUUAUCAUAAACUGUUCACUAUUUUUAAAUGAAAUGAGAGAAAGAGGGAGCUUCUGGGAAGUUCUUGCAUUAGAUUAAAGUUAACUUUUCAAGUCUAAUGAUCUUGCAAUUUUCACAUGUUUGCUUUAUUAAACUUGUAUUACAAGAUGUUUUUACCAAUCUAUGCACAUUUGCUUGCUGAUAAUGCACUGAAUUAUUCAGGGAAAUUUGAAAGAGGAACAAAGAAUAUUUUCAUGUAUUUCAAAGUUUGUCACAUUUUCUAGCAAUCGUAUUGUAUGGGACAAGUUGAUAAACUAUGCAAUCAAACUUUCGAAAAUCAUGUUCACAAAUGGUUGUGUUGAUUCAGACCAGGCACAGUGAGAAUUUUUUAGACUAAGUUUGUGACGCGGUUCCGAAAUUAUGCAACAUUUCAUAUGUGAAUGUCAGACUCAAAUGUGGUCAAAAAUGUGAUUCCAUGCUGCAUGCAUAAAGCCAAUGCAAAUUGAAAUGACUGCGUCGUUUGGUGAAUUUUUACCUUCAAGGCUGCGCUUCUUUUGAAACUAAUUUUGCAAUGCUCGGAUACGUGGUUCCAAAAUUACGCAACAUUUUGUAAGUGCAUGUCAGACUCAAACUUGCUCAGAAAUGUGAUUCCGUGCAUAAAGUCAAUGCUAAUUGUGUUUUCAACCCCAAAAUCAUAUGUAUGGUUAUUUCUACUUUUGUUGGUUUAAAUAGAUUUAUUUUUAUGGUAUUUAUGAUAGCAAAAGGUUCUCCCCACAAAGUUCAUGUCAAACAAAAACGAAAUUAAUUUUGAAAAACAAGGAAAUACAUAAGAAUUGAAUAAACAAUAAAAUGCAUAGGAAAUUAAUUUUGCUUUGGCAAUUUUUUGUAGGUAUUUGUUAGAUAUGUAAAAAAAAUGAUAUUUCACCAAAUGUAGCAUUCCAUUAUCUAUAUAAAGUAAGUUAGAGGGAAAAAAACAUGCACAUAACACCACUUUUAUGGCAAAUUUCAUACACUAAUUUGCAUAAGUUAUCGAUUAAAAAAAUAUUUUAAAAAUGAUUUUUCUGGUGAUCGAGGUGGUCUGAAUACACCUAUAAAUAGCAUGUGCUUUGCAUGUUCGUGUUUGUAGAAUUCCUUGUGCCUUGCCGAUUAUUUGACCAAAUUGGGCCGAUUUAGGCAUACAUGUAUUUAGCUGUAUUUAUCCUCUGAUAUACUUUCACAGGAGCCGCGGAACCGGGGGGGGGGGGGGGGGCUGGGGGGGGGGCUUCAGCCCCCCACUUUUUUCCAAAACCGUGUACAAAAACGUAAAAAUGACCAUAUGAUUGUGAUUUUUAGCAUGGUCAGCCCCCCCACUUUGAAAACCGUUCCGUGGCCCCUGUUUCAUGUAUGCUUUGUGUAAUGUAUCUUUGUGUGCAAUUAUUUGUAUCUUUUUAGUGAAUUUUACACUACAAUGUCUUCUCAAGA